ACACGCUCACAUAUGCCAACUUGCGUUCUAUACUGCAAGAGAACGGACUAAGCCUUUUUUAUCAGUCAAGUGCGGUCGCGUGUGGCGUACACAUCAUAUGUUCUUCUUCCACCUCAUUUUACAUUAAGUGAACCUCUAGUCACGGCAGGAGUCACUGAAAAUAAUAAGUCGAAUAGAAUUCGCGAAAGACCGUCACUUAUAAUAUAAUUUUGGAUUUUAAUAUUGGAUUAUCUUAAGUUUCAUAAAUUAUUUCCACGACCUUACAAGAUCUUUGGAUUUAUACAUAUAAAAAAAAAUAAGCUGGCGAGUGAAUUUUUGGAUUUUCAAUUUUGGAAUUUGAGAAUAAACCAAGGAUCACACGCCGACACGCUGGCUACUCGUCGAAAUGCGCACGUAACUGUAAGGCAGACGGGAGUGAUAAAACCGGAAACGAAUUUGCCACGGUUCGAUUAUCUAGGAAUUGUUUCACUGCCGAGAACAUCCGAUCUCAAUUUUCAAAAGCACAGAAUUCGACAUGGUCGCUUUUCCGCCCUCGGAGAACGAACCUACCCUAUUGAAUUUUACCGGCAAGGAACGUGACGGGGAAUUGAAAGGCGAGGUCGUUAAGGUCGAUGAACUUUUGACUACCAAUAAGGGCGAGGUCAACUCAUUGACGGCACCUAGAGUCACGAUGGCCGUUGAUAAGGACAGCCUGGCGCUGACCUUUAACAACGAAAGCGAAAAAAUCGUCGAGUUCGGAGACAAAAUGAAAUCCGUAAUGCCGGACGAUCAGCUCAAGUCGGAGCACAUAAUAGUGAAGAAAGUGGCGGCUCUUCUCAAAUCGUCCAGCAACAACAACGAGAAAAAGGAGCCGAUAAAACAAAGUCCAGGCGGGGGAUCAUUAUCGAGCGGAAGCUCGAUCGUCACGAUAGCUUCCGUUACGAAUUCGGAUCCUGAUCCUGAAUUUCCAAAUGGUCACAAUCAUCAACGUGGGAGAAGACGAUCCGUCGUGGAGGAAAAAUGGUACCAUACCACGCUACAGGUGGCGGUACCAUUUUUUAUUGCUGGUAUCGGUACCAUUGGAGCUGGUCUGAUAUUGGAGGAAGUUCAACGCUGGCCUGUCUUUGUCGCAAUUUCCGAACUGUUCAUCUUGGUCCCCGCACUUUUGGGACUCAAGGGAAAUCUGGACAUGUGCUUGGCAUCGCGUCUCAGCACUCAGGCCAAUCUGGGAAACAUGAGCAGCUGUCGUGAAAUCGUGAAAAUGAUCGUGGGCAAUGUCGCUUUGGUGCAAAUUCAGGCGAUCGUCGCUGCGAUUCUGGUGUCGCUUUUCGCGGUGUCCGUAGGCGCCGUUAUGAAGGGAUCUUUCGUUUGGAACAACGCGCUCCUAUUGGCUGCGGCGAGCGUAUGCACCGCGACGAGUUCCUGCUUCAUUUUAGAUUUUGUCAUGAUCGCGGUGAUACUGGUGUCGCAUCAAUGCAAAUGGAAUCCUGAUAACUUGGCCACACCCUUAGCUGCAUCUGUCGGAGAUGCAGUUUCGAUAACCGUACUAUCGACAAUUGCAUCUGCUUUAUAUUUGUAUCUGGACAAUCAAAUAUGGAUCCUCUAUAUUGUUCUUACUGGUUAUAUUUUGCUACUGCCAGUCUGGAUAUGCGUGGUAUUGAGAAAUAAAUAUACUCGAAACGUGUUAACUUCAGGAUGGACGCCCGUACUGUCGGCUCUGUUCAUAAGCGGUCUCGGUGGUCUGAUCCUUGAUCAAGCCGUAAACGUAUUCGACGGAUUCGUAAUAUUCCAGCCGAUCAUAAAUGGCAUUGGCGGAAAUUUGGUUUCCGUGCAAGCCUCAAGAAUUUCGACCGUCCUGCAUCAAACGUCACUCAUGGGUAUUUUACCGCCACACUCAAAAAUGUGGGUGUCGCCUUGGACCGCGCUUUUCAAUGGAGUUCCUUACGCCAAAACUGCUAGAAUACUUAUAUGUAUGUCUGUACCGGGACAUUUGGUAUUUACUUUCGCAGCCGAUUACAUAAACUGGGGUUACUCAACCUUACACGUAUACUUCGUAGUGAGUUACGUAACAGUGGCGGUAUUUCAGGUCACGCUUUUGCUCUAUAUUGCACAUAUCAUAAUACAUGGCAUGUGGAAAUACAAAAUAGAUCCUGACAAUUCCGCCAUUCCGUAUCUGACAGCUCUUGGCGACCUACUCGGUUCCAUGUUCCUAGCGGCAGCUUUCUGGUUCCUCCAGCAAAUAAACCAGGAAUACGGUGACUACUGAGCCACAAUCACAUUGGCCGUAGUACGAGCUACUGAUUGAUCACACAGUACCAUAUGAAUAACUAUCCAAUAUUUUAAUAUUGGUCUGAUACUCGAUUAACGCACGUUCCAAGUUACCGGAAGUGCGACGCGCGGUCGCAAAUUUUUGGAAAAAAAUUUGCACGGAAAAAUUUUUCGCGGAUACUUUUUCAGUUUCACAAAGUGGGCGUUAUUGUCUUGGCACGUUAAAUUGAAUAUUUUAUUCUCUUAUCCGAUAUAAUCGUUUCUGCGUAAUUGCCAAUCUACGGAAUUGCGAAUUUUUCCAGUUGGAUUAUGUUCCUCUUUUUUUUUUACCCCCAACUCGGAGCUGCACUGUAGUUACGUGCACUCGUAUGCAUCCGUGCUAUGUGCCGAUUUCGUGGAUGUAAUAGGAAUUCAUAUUUUUACACGUACGACCUUGUAGUUAUUGCGAAUAGACUCUUGAAAAAAAAUCUCUGUAUCACAGAUAUAUUCCCAUGGUAGGGAAGAAAAAUUAGUGCAAUUAUUAAGCAACUGUAGAUGCGGUCCGAUACUUAAUUGUAUCAUUGCGAUUAUCGUUGAACCGAAGGAGGAUAAACGGAUGAUAAGUAUGGCGAGCGAGAGGAUGAAUAUGGUAAAUGCAUCCAUUUUCAGAAAUCUGUAUAUAUUUAUAUAAACAUAUUAUAUAGACAUUAUAUCUAUAUAUUUUAUUCCCAUACGAACAAAGUGUACCUGUAAGUUUAAGCAUACAACAAAUCGUAUACAAUGUAUAACGCGUAUGAAAUAACAUUUUACAAUAAGCGUUCUCGCACUCCUCUUAGAGAUUUUAAUUAUGUUUUUUUGUUAUUUUUAAUUCGUUACACGAACAAUUGUUUAUUUAUUUAAAAAAUUUGCGUGGCGUAAUUUGUAAGAUUCGACUCGCGUAUAUCGUCGUUGGCGGCUGAAGGUAAACUGUCAGUGAUAUUACUGACUGUAUUAUUACGUCAAAAAAGAAAAAUCAUUGUAAGAAUGUCAUUACGUUAAUAGAAAAAAAAUGUGUGAAAAAA